UACCCUUCCGUUACAAUUCGCUGCGCAUGCGCUAUUUACUUCUCGGGAAGGGAACGGAAGGGCGACGCGGGUAAUGCCAUGAUGGCGUUCUUCCGGCUUGGUUCCUCUCUUUCCGGUUGCUUUUGUGGUGCGGAGGAACAGCUGAGUAUGCAUGCGCGAGAGGCUUGCGCGUGCGGCUGAGACGUGGCCGAGGCUGUCAUUGGCGAGAAAGCGGGCCUGUCUGGAACUUGCCUCGCCGCAUGGGAUAUAAACAUGUCUCAGAAGGAUAACACGUCAUUGGAGGAAGAUACAUAUGCACUUGCUAAAAAUGAUCAGAAGGUGGAGGAUGUUGGACCCACUGAGACUGAUGGUGUGGAAGCAGAACCAGCAGCUAUGACACGGAAAAGGCCUGAAUCCAAAACAUCUGAGCCUCCUACUAUGCAAGAGUCAUUAGCCCAGAAAGUGCCGGACUCUAGUUCUAUCAAUCAGUCACAGACAGGAUGGGGGUCCUGGGGGAACUGGGGAAAGAAUUUACUGUCAACUGCUUCUGCUACAGCGGCUACAGUAGGUCAUGGAAUCUCAAAUGUCAUUGAAAAAGCAGAGACGUCCCUUGGGAUCCCCAGCCCUAAUGAAUUGUCAUCUGAGGCCAAAGAUGUUACAGAAGAAUGCCACAAUUCUGCAAUAAUCAGUGACUGCAAAGGAGACCCAGAAAAUCCUUCACUAUCCAUUAGUGGUGCUUUUGGAAUGUUUUCUACCAUCUCUGCUGCUGUUCAGAACACAGGAAAGACCGUUAUCAGUGGGAGUCUGGAUGCAUUAGAGUUCAUUGGUAAGAAGACUAUGGAUGUGAUAGCUGAAGGCGACCCUGGAUUUAAGAAGACAAAAGGCUUGAUGAACAGGAAUUCCACACUAUCUCAGAUCUUGAGAGAGGCAAAAGAGAAAGAAGAACAGAGGACAGCUACUGAGGUUUCCAUGGCUACAGAGAAGAAAGCCCAUUAUGGUCUACUCUUUGAUGAGUUUCAGGGUCUUGCUCAUUUGGAAGCUUUGGAGAUGCUUUCCAGAGAAAGUGAAUCAAAGGUGAAGUCUGUUAUUGGCACACUGUCUGGAGCAGAGUUAGAUGCGUUAAAGACAGAGUUGGAACAGCUCAAAGAAGCGUUUUCAUUAGCUGAAUUUUAUGAUGACGAAAAGGAAGAAAAGGAAGAAGGUGAAGACUUCACACAGGAGAUAAGGGGUCUUUUUUCACAACUCCAUGUUUCAACAAAGCCAGACAAACUGACCCAAGCAAGGAGCUCUGCUUGUGAAUUAGCCCACGGCCUCAGCAUGCAAAUUGCAAAAGAAGAAAAACCAAAGGAAGAAGACCAGCGUGUGGGCUUGGGGAAUGCUGAGCAAGAGGAGAAAAAAUCAGUAGAGGACAUUCAUGCAUCUGCGAUCAAAAGCCUGGCUGAACUGACAGCCUACUCUGUUGAAGUAUUCCACAAAACCGCUGCACUGGUUCUGCACGACCAGGAACAAGAAGUGUUAGCUGCAGACCGAGCCAAAGCUCUCUCACAAAUGACCAUUGUGCUGUGUAAAGAACUCUCAUCCCUGUCUAAAAGCUUUGCUGCAUGCUUAACAGCUGCAGGGGUGGAAGAGAAGGGAGAUGUCCUUAACCCUUUAAUCACUGGAGUGUUUUUAGAGGCUUCCAACAGCGCUUCAUAUAUCCAAGAUGCCUUCCAGCUGCUCUUGCCCGUUCUGCAGCUCUCUCACAUCCAAGCCCAGGCAGAAUUAACACAGCAGUAACAUGAAUCAGACACUACUUGAGCAGAAUCCCGAUCUACCUGCCUGAUUCAGCAAUGGGAUAGGCAUGUGCAAUAAAAGACAAAAGCUUUGGUAUCUAGUAUUUCACCAGCCAGUGAUAAUGUGCUAUGUGGCCCUGAUUGGGGAAUGUAAGUUAAUGAAAAAGUAUGAGAAACAACUUAGCAAAGUUCAAAGAAUGGGCGGCUGUAUCUGGGUGUCUGUUGUUCUUAGUUUCCGUUAUUCUUGUUAAUGAGAUUGUUAAAUCUAGAGAAAGGCAGAGUGGUAUAACUACAUGGAUGAAGGACCCUAGAAGAAUUCUUGAAGUAAAAUAUCAAACUUUUACAUAUAUAUUUGGAACAGAUUUCCGAAGAUAAAUGUUAACCAAUCCAAAGUGAAGGUAUUACACAAACAGUGUUGGACCAAGUGAUCCAUCAGUGAAAGUCACUAAUAGUCAUGGAUCUUUCCUGUGGUCCCAACUGACCUGGGAAGCUCAAUUCCAUGAGCUAUGGAAAUUACAUGAGCUAAUAGCAACCCAGGGGUGUUUGUGGAGAAUGCAUACAGAGAGGGAAGGAGGGGAACAUGGGAAAGCUCUGUGAUCCUUGCAUUCAUGGAUCAUUAGAUACACACCAAUCUCUUGGGAGCAAUUUUAUAAUUUGCCCUUCUCUGACUUGGAAAGCAUAUGAAAUUAAUCAGCAACAAAAUUGCUAAGAUUGCAGUCCCUAUACAGAGUUACAUGAGAAUAAAUUUCAGGGAACUUGAUGUGACACUUUGAGAUAAAGACACUGAGGAUUAUGCCACAAACACUUUCAAGUGCAGCUGACCUGGUACAGUUCUAGCUUUGUCUGUUUUUAAAGAAAAGAUUGGAGAUUAAUUGGGCAGGAUAAAACUGUUUCUUUUGAAUGAUGCUAUUUCCAGAUAGAAGAAACAAAAUCUCUGUAGGCAUGCUUCAUGUGGGGAGGGCAGACUCUAAGAUACGAUGAUCAACAAAUUUUAAAUGCCUUGCUCUCUAGUGAUAAGUAAAAAGUAGCUCAAAAUGGUUUCAUUCAAGUCAAAUUCAGGGCUAUUUGAUACAAGAGGGAAAAUAACAACAAUGGUAAAUUCAUAAAGUUGAUACGUUAUUUUGUUCUUUAUACAAGUGGUUGUGUGCUGUUGGCAGACCUGUUUAGGACUCCUUAAAUAUCUAGACUCCCUCAAUAUAGACUCACUUCCUCAUAAUAACAAGCCCAAGACCUUUAAUAGAUUUAUUCUUUCCUUUUAACAGAGCUGACCAUUUGCACUGUUUUAUCUUGUACCACUGUGAGAGGUUGUGUUUGCUUGUGCUUUAUAUCCUAUUUUGUUCUGGAAGGGAAUAUUAGUAUUUUAUUUAUGACCAAGCAUUUAUUAGGGUCAUAGUGAUCCUUUCCAAUGUGUUCAUUUUUUGUGGAGUAGAGGGACAUAUUUUUAAACUGGAAAAUGAAGGUUCUUCUUCCAAAGCAGAGAGAAAAGUUUAAAUGGAGUCAGAUGGCAGCUUGCAAGAACAGGAGAGAAUGUUCCACUGUCUUCAGGAUGAGUUCAUUAUCAUGAUUUUAGCAUUUAUUCCAUAAUCCAGAAUCUUCAUUUAAAGCCUUUCAUUGCUAAAUCUUUUUACUGAGGUAUUCUAUAGUAUAAGAAAUGUGUUCAAUUUUAUACAUCAGGACAAAAAAAAAAACUUCCUCUAUCUUUAGAUAGUUUAUUAUUUUAAGCAGAUUCUGUUUCUAAAAAAUUAUAUUUUGAAUAUGUAUGAUAUUUGUGAAAUCUGCACUGUAUUUUAAAAUGAGAAUAAAUGUUAUUCUAUGAUGGUAUAAA